AUGAGAGGGCACGAUUCGGAACUCUUCACGCCGCUAAUCGCAACCCCUUUGUUCCUCUCUCUACACACGCAUUCCCUUCCCUGUCCUACCCCUCCUUUCCCUUCCCUUCUCCUCUCAACCCGUCCCAUCCUUUCUCUUGCCGUCCCUUCCAGUUACUGCCUAUCACGCGACCAUGCCCUCCCCCUCACGCCUCCACCCCCCACCGCUCACGCGUGCAUCCCCUUCCGCGAGCAUGGGCGGAUGCAGUUCAGACCACGCAUGCAUCCCCUUCUGCUCACGCAUGCAUCUCCUUCUCCUCACGCAUCCAUCCCCUUCCCCUCACGCAUCCAUCCCCCACCUGGUGGGGAGCAAGUGGAGGGAGGAGAGGGACGUGGGGGUGGGGAAGGGGAGCAGACGAGGCAGCACCGACUGCCAGGCCCCUGUUUCUGCAAUCGCGCACCUGGUGGGGAGCAAAUGGAGGGAGGAGAGGGACUUGGGGGUGGGGAAGGGGAGCAGACAAGGCAGCGCCGACUGCCAGGCUAG